AUGAUAACUAGGCUGACGCCCAUUGUGAGACUGCUUUGCAAACUGUCUUUGUUAGCUGAUGAUGGGAGAGGUGACUUCAAAAAACCAUCUAUAGGAGGGGGAGUUGCAGGAGCAGGACUGGCCAAGGGUGAGGUAGGUAGGGAUGGAGGAGACAUUGCGGGGGACAUUUCUGGUGAUUGGAUUGGUGAGAGGUUAGAAAUUUCUGGUGAUUGCACUGGCGAGAGGUUAGAAAUUCCUGGAGGUGGAGAGGAAGCAGGAGGAAUGACUGGGGAAGCAGGUGCUGGAGUUGAUGGAAGGCUUGGUGAAGCUGGCGGUGGGGUUAAGGGGGAGGCUGGUGGUGGGGUAGAAGUUGCAAGAGUGUCUAUUUCAAGCUUCAUACCUCCGGCGCAAUGUCCCGGUGUUGCACAGGUGAAGUAUCUCUUGCCAGGAGAAGAAAGAGGGAUGACUGUUGUGCCUCCACUAUACGACUGUAGUGGGGUGGUUAUCUGGCAGGAGUCAUAG